CACCGAACAUGUCAAACACACACCUCGGCCUAGUGGAGAGUACACCUCUGCAAUGCAUUCUUGAAUUCUGUGUUUAGGAAAACACUGAGAUUACCUUACAUUGUUUGUCUUCUGAUACAAGAUGACCAUUCUUCUAGACGCCAUCCUCUUUACAAAAACUUAUUGGGUCCCAGUAUGCGCUGGCAUCCUUCUCGCCCGACUGGUCUAUAACCGUUACAAAAAUGGGCUUUCUGACAUACCUGGGCCAUUCUUGGCCUCUUUGACUGAUUUAUGGAUGUUUUCCCAUUACCUUCGAAGAAAGGGGCACCAAGAAUGGAAGUUGCAUGAGAAGUACAAUUCGCCAUUACUGCGCAUUGCUCCCAAUACUAUCGCAGUCGCCGAUGCGGAGGCAGUCAAGACCAUAUAUGGGUGGAAACCAAUCUUUAGCAAAAGUCGCCUAUACAUCUCGCAGUAUGUCACCACCGAGGAUGGCACCGUCCUGGAGAACGUAUCUUCUACUAGAGAUGAGGCCCGACACAGUAUUCUUCGCCGACCGGUCGCACAUGCUUAUUCGUUGGGGACUCUGGUAGAAUUUGAGCCUCUAGUUGAUUCUACCUCUUUGGUAUUUUUUAAAGAGGUCGAGGAGCGUUUUGCGCGGACUGGGAAAGAAUGCGAACUAUCAAAAUGGGUGCAGAUGUAUGCCUUCGACAUAAUUGGCGAGCUCACCUUCAGCAAACGCUUCGGAUUCCUAGAAUCCGGCAAAGACCUCGGCAACAUGAUGUACCACACCGGCAAAGCCAUGGACUACAUCGGUUUCGUCGGCCAAGUACCCACCCUCGACGAAUGGCUGCGCAUCAAAGGCUUCGGCUACAUCCUGCGCAAAUUCCGCCCAACAGGGCCCCUCAUGAAAUUCACCGCGCGCCAGAUCCGCGAGCACGCCGCCUCGCCGGACCAAACCCGCCCGGACUUCCUCUCGCGCUUCAUCAAAGCGCGCGAGAAGUACCCGGACCUGAUGACCGACCGCCGCCUCGCGACGUACACCAACACCAACAUCAGCGCGGGCUCGGACACGACAGCCAUCGCGCUCCGCGAGGCCAUCUUCCGCAUCCUGACCCACCCGGGCUGCUACGGGAAGUUCAUGGCGGAGCUCAAGCGGACGCUGCAGGCGCGCGCUGAGGACGUCGAGUAUAGCAAACCGAUCACGUGGGCGGAGAGCCAGAGGAUGCCGUACUUCCAGGCGGUUGUUAAGGAGUGUCUCCGUGUGCAUCCGGCGUUGGGGCAGGUGAUCCCCCGCGACGUGCCCGCGGGCGGCGUCACGCUGUGCGGUAAGUACCUGCCCGAAGGCACGGUAGUCGGGUGCAACGCGUGGAGCGUUCACCGGGACAAGGCCGUGUAUGGGGAGGACGCGCACGAGUUUGUGCCGGAGCGGUGGCUGGAUGCGGAUGUGGAGAGGGUGAGGUAUUUGGAGAGUUUGAGCUUUGCGUUUGGAGGGGGCAGUCGGGUGUGUCUGGGGAAGAACAUUGCGAUGUUGGAGAUUUCGAAGUUUGUGCCGGAGUUUUUUAGGAGGUUUGAGAUUGCGUUGGUGGAUCCGGGGCGGUAUAGGCUGUUUCCAGGGUGGUUGGUGUUGCAGAAUGGGUUGGAUGUGACGCUGAAGGUGAGGGAUGGGAAGGAGUUCUUGUAAGAGAU